UGGAUCGGUAUUGACCGAUCAUCAAGGCUGUCGUGUCGGUUUCCGAUUCGGAUGUGGUGGUAGCAGCAAGUCGCCCUAGUGUCCAAGUGCAUAUGCGCCAGCCUUUGUUCACUGCAAAGGCAAGCUUGAGGCUGACUCUCUCCGCAUGUGCAGUUUUUUCUGUCCGCUUAGGGCGACGUCAGGAAAGGCUGCUGCAGUUUGGCUACACAAUAUCUACACUUAAAAGGCGCACCGCCUGAGACUGUGUAAUGCAACCUUUUUAAGUGACCAUCAAAGUCUUUAAAGUCUGGAAACACUUGCUUUAAACCUGUGCAACACAGUGGGCCUUAGUUGCAUUGUAGCCGAUCCACUGGAGUCGUCGGAGAGCUGCAGCCUGCGCUCGGAGCGUCUGGCGGGGUGUUGCCCAUGAAUGAAGGAAGCAUGCGGACCUCUUCAGAUCUGUUGACCCCGGACUGACCAUCUUUGAUGGGGCUACAAAGAGAAACAAAAGACAAGUUUGAAGUGGAUCCCACACUCGCUGAUGUUGACCUUGUUUGGCAGACUUUUCAUUAGUGGAAACCCCAGAAUAGGAAACGCUUGGUCCGACUUCAGUGCCGUGUUUUGAGAGAACUUGUUGGUUUUGUGAAGACGCUCCUCUGGACUGGUCCAUUCAUGCCUAUCAUGAGUAUCCCAGCCCAGCAAACCCCCGCGAGCAAGAGAACUGGCAAGAGCAUCACCUUCUUCACCAACCCUAGCUUGGCCAUGAAGGAGACUCCCCCGCAGCCUGAGGGGUCCUACUACGUUCCAGGGGUUGUCUCAGACCCUGGACAAAGCGAGGCUGCGAGUACAGUGACUUCUAACCCUGAAGGUCCUCACAUGUACCUCAAUUCAGUCAUUUUUAGCCCGGAAAAGGGUGAACAGAACCGUGGGCAUUACCAGCAGACCGUGCAGAUGAAGUGGAACCAUCCGGAGCAGGGUCAGCAGCAGCAGCAGCAACCUCUGUCCCAGCAGCAGAGGGCCUCCUCCUGGACUGCAGCUAACUGGGCUCAGAACUUUGCUGGAUAUGUCGGUUCAGGGAACCUCACAGACGCAAGAAUCCAGACGGCGUUUGCAAAGUCGAUGCAUGAAGGUUCUGCAGUCCAGCAUCCUCAAAGCAAGCCGCUCGAGCAGCCUCUGGGUUCCAAUCCGUCAGUGGAGCCCUUCCGAGAUGCUGCUAAGGACCACGGCCAAGACUGGGAGCAGCAGCAGACCUUUCCGGAGACGCUGAAACCUGGAGCGUUGAACGCCCAGCAGCACAGCGGGUCUCACCCGGGGGGGAGCUCCGUGCUGCAGCCCUUUCAGUUGGCCUUCGGUCAGCCAAAGCAGCACCUCCCGGCCUACUACCAGACCUUCCCGGGAAACAGAACCACGCUCCCAAACCCACCCAAUUACCCCCCUCAGCCGCAAGCCCCCGCGCAGAAGUCGGAGCAGAUCCAACGGCAUCAGCAGCAAAUCAUACAGCAGCAAAUCCAACAACAACAACAGCAGCAGCAUCAGAUGCAACAGCAGCAGAUCAUUCAGCACCAACAGCAGCUGCAGCUGCAGCACGAGCAGCAGAAACAAAAGAUGCAGAUACAACAGCAGCAACAGCUUCAAAUGCAACAUCAGCAGUUACAACAACAAAACCCCCAUGUGCUUGACUAUUUCCCAGGUGCACCGAGUGCACACCCACAGCCCGUGGUGGUACACUCCCAGGAGUCCUCGGUCCCAGCUCCACCAACGAUUCAGGAGCCUCUCAUCCAGGACAUCACCCCGGAACCUCAGCAGCCACUGGACCCCCUCCACCCGCUCCUUGCAUCCGAUCUGCUGUCUCAGACGCAGCUUCAGUCCCAUCAGCUUCGGAGGUCCCGGCGCCUCUCCAAGGAGGGAGGGGCCCCGUCAGACGGCCCUGUCCUUAAUUCAUCAGAUCAAGCUGCCCCUGGGCCACAGGGAUCCCAGAACGGGGGUCGUGACAUUCAGGCAGCCCCAACAGGGGUUAUCCAGAGCACACGGAGGAAACGUAGGGUCUCACAGGAGGUCAACCUGGAGACCCUCGCCCAGAAGGCUUCAGAGAUGGAAUCCUUACCGUCCCACGUGGUGAAGGAGCCUCACAGUCCUCCUGAGAGAGAGCCUCAUGUCAAGAGGCCUCGAGACGAUGGCCUCCUUCCGCUUGUCAUCCCAGUGUCGGUGCCGGUGCGGCGGCAGGAACCGUCUUCGCCGGACUUGGAGGAAGUGACCCUGACCUCCAACUGGCCUCUGCGGCUCCCGCACCCUCAUGACCUUGGCCACCACGACCACAAGCCCUCAGUCAUCGUCACCCGAAGACGCUCGCUCCGGAACUCGCUGUCGGAGAGCUCGGAGCAGAACGGCGGCCCAGAUGAUGAUGACGGCAAAAAGUCCAAGCGGCGGCCCAGACCUGAGCCCCUAUUCAUCCCCCCACCCAAGCCGGGCUUGUUCAUCUCCCCGCCGGUCUACACCAGCAUCACGUCGUACCAGAGCCACCUCCGCUCCCCCGUCCGCCUGGCCGACAACCCGCUGGCCAUGCCCCCCUACACGCCGCCCCCCAUCCUCAGCCCGGUCCGAGAAGGAUCCGGACUCUACUUCUCCACGUUCCUGUCGGCCGCCGGGGCCGCUGCUGCCGGAGCAGCGGGCCUGCCACCUCCUGCCACGCCCAAGUCGGCCACACGCAGCCUCCUGUGUUCAAGCAGCUGUGACAUGACUCCACCAGUCCUGUCUGCCAUCGGUGAGGCCACGCCGGUCAGCAUCGAGCCAGCAGCGGAGGAGACGUUAGAGAAGGGCAGGAGGCGGAUCAACAUCGGGUCCAGGUACCAGGCGGAGGUGCCGGAGCUGAGGCAGCGGUCCGCAGUGGAGCAGGACCUCCACCAGGCGGACCUGCUGUGGACCCCGAUUCACGAGGAGAAAGUGGACUACCAGAGAAGAGUGGAGGACCUGAUGCGGAUGGCCUGUUCCAGCGUUUUGCCUGGAGGGGGCACCAACCAGGAGUUGGCCCACCACUGUCUACACGAGUGCCGAGGCGACAUCAUGGCUGCUCUGGCUCUCAUGAUGAUGAAGACUCCACUGUUCCCCGAGCAUCACCCACUCUCCAGCUACCACUACGCAGGGUCAGACGAGUGGACGGCGGCUGAGCGGCGGCAGUUCAACAAGGGCAUCGCCACGUACAAGAAGGACUUCUUCAUGGUGCAGAAACAGGUUACGACGAAGACGGUGGCUCAGUGUGUGGAGUUCUACUAUACGUACAAGAAACACGUGAAGAUCGGACGCAGCGGGGUGCUAACGUACGGCGAGGCGGAGCCGCUGGAGAGCCGGACCGCGGAGGAGGACGUGAGUAACAAGAGCUCUCACAGUCUGGAGACGCACAGGGAGGUGGAGAGCAGGAAGUGGGAGGGGCCAGCUGACAGGAAGCCGGAGUUCGGCCCUGCCCUGGUGACGCUGCAGCCCACCGAGAACCCUGGAACCGUGCUGAUCAUGAAAGGCCAGGACGACCCGGGGAGGGACCCCCCUCUGGCCCGGGUCAUCAGUCUUCCUCCUCCCGCUCCACUCCCAGUCUCCAAGCCCCGCUAUGACAGCGCAGCAAGAAAGCCAGCCACUGCUUCGACGGCCACCAAACCUGCCACCAACCAGGAGGGAGAGUUUCCCUGCAAGAAGUGCGGCAGGAUUUUCUACAAAGUGAAGAGCCGUAGCGCUCACAUGAAGAGCCACGCCGAGCAGGAGAAGAAGGCGGCAGCGCUGCGCCAGAAGGAGGCCGAGGAACGCGCAGCUGUGGCGGCAAAGGCUGCCGCCAUGCUGGCGGCACGGCAGCAAAACGGGACGCGGCAGAUGGGCGGCGACAGCACCAAUGACGACUCUACAGAAGGGGAGGACGAAGAUGACGACGACGACUGGAAGUAGAAGCCGUGAUGGACAGAGCAGUAUUUAUUCAAGAGAAGGCAGCGAGUGUGUGUGUGAGCGGGUGUCUGGAACAGGCCUCGUGUUCCCGGUGAGAUCACGCUCCUUUACCUCUCUGGGUCACAGGGCUCCACCGUUUCAAAGCCAUACUGGUUCCUCUGCACUUGCGUCCGGCUUCGCUUCCCCCGACUCUUUCUCCCGGACUGCUUCUAACUCUUGGGGGCGUUGUUGAAGCUUUGCGAAAUGCAUGACGAAAGUGUCGUGUGCUGACAGGGCGUUGUCCUGCAGCUCUGUUUCUGCCUUUUCGAUGACUUUUAUCUUGUAAUGACAAUCAAUUGACACUGUUUUAUACACCCACACGCUGGGCGCCGCCCGUUUGAUAUUGUUUUGUGAAUAUUCCUGGUUAUUCUCGUGAAGACAGCGAUGUUGAGGCUGCACCUGAAGUUUGGCUUUUGUCUACAAUCUUUCCUAUUUAUUGAAAACGCUGCCUGUUUAUGACUGUGAGCUGCUUCUUCUUCGGAGGCUGGGAAUGAAGACGUAGGCAGAAAUGUAUGUGCAAUAGUUCGACUCCAUGUCCAGACGUCUGUUUAGCCGUCUUUUCAUAUUUAUACAAAAGAGUUUCUAAGGCCAUCUGUGGCCUCCGUCAGCAGUAUAUGUGUUUCCAACCAGUCUGGGCUGGAGUCGAUGCCAUGUUUGCUCCGGGACCGUAUGCUGGACGCAUCUCCAGAGUUUAGCUGAUGCUGGAUCCACCCUGUGACUGAAGUGUAUUUGUUCAACGCCCAAAACCGGGGUUGAAGUUAGUCACGUGUUCCCCACUGUUAAAACUGCCUCGCCACGUUUGUCCUGUCGCUAUCAAGCGAGCCUCUGUUGCUGCGGCAACACAUCCAUUAACAAGGUCUCCCUUUAACAAGCUGAUGAGAAACAACUCCAGCAAAGUUGAACUCGGGUCUAUGCACAGGUGUGUGUGUGUGUGUGAGUUGUGUGGAUGCUGCGUGUGUGUGUGCUGGAGGUGUUUAGGGUCAAAAGUUCAGCCGACUGUGUCACAUGUUAAUUUAUACGGUUGUGUUUGGGUGGCGCUGUUCUUCACUUUGGUUAAGGGAAUCUUAAAGAGGACAAAUUGUUUAUUUAGCUAAAGAAUUAAAAAAAACAAAUGUAUAUGAAUGAGACUGUUUGCAUACUUUCUAUGAUCUUUUGAUAUGGGGGUUCAGUCUGAAGACCAAACGCCAGAUGGAAUCUCAGCAGUGCUUUUUACUACGGUGUAACUUAUUCGUUUCCAUUUUGAUUUAUACUGCCUGUGUUUUUAGUAAUGAUUUAUCGAGCACUGUAUAUUAAAGUUUUAAAA